AUGUUAUUGAAAAAUCUUAUUGUUCCAUUGUUAGCUACUACUGCUACUGUAUCUGCUACUUUUGAUUUAACCUCAUCCUUAACCAAAUAUGCUUCAUUUGAUUUCGGAUGCGGUGAUAUCUCCAUUUCUAAAGGUGCUUCUUUCUCCUUGAUUGAUAAAUUUGAUGCUGCUUUCCAAGGUGAUAUUAGUAUUGAUAAAGAUUGUGAUUUCUUCCUUGCUUCUACUGCUCAAGCUUUAAAAGUUUCUAUUGAUAAUCUUUUCAGUAAAGUUGUCAAUAAAGGUCGUUGGGUUAUUCUGACUAUUGAAGCUAGUAAAGAAUGUAUUAUUAACAUUGCUGGUGCUAAAUUGGAAAAUAUUGGUAAUUUGAUUUGUGCUAUUGAAGCUAAGAAAGUUGCUCUUAUUUCCACAAUUAUUAAAAACGUUGGUUGUAUUCAUAUUCAUCAAAAUCAAUGUACCGACACUACUGUUCAACUUGGUUGUGUUGGUGGUAGUAUUGAAAACUCAGGUACUGUUUGUUUAACCAAUUAUAAAGCUAAAGCUUUUGCCCCAAUUAAAGGUUCUGGUUGUAUUGCUAUUGAAAAAGAUUCUCAUUUUGAAAUUGGUGAUUGGAUUUCUAUUGAUAAAGAUCAAACGUUCUACUUGGGUGCUUCUAAAGGUAGUAUCAAAGCCGCCCCAGGUAUCAUUCCACAAGUUUACAAAGUUGCCAACUUUGGUAAAGAAAAGAAAAUUUCCUUAACUACUCCAUUAGGUGGAAUUUCAAUCUUGAAACAAGCUGCUUUCUCUUAUGAUUCUGGUUCUGGUAUCUUGACUUUAAGAGCUGGUUUGCAAAUUCAAAAAUUCUUUAUUGGUAAAGGUUACGAUUCAUCCAAAUUCUCCAUUUGUAAAGAUGAUAACACUGCUGUUCAAUAUAACGGUGAUUGUCCAUCCCCAGGUAGACCAGCUGUUUGUCAACCAUGUCCACCACCACCAGAAGUUCCAGGUACCGAACCAUGUACUAGUACCACCACUAUUCACACCACCAAAACUGACGGUCAAAUUUGUACCAAAUACGAAAAUGUCGUUAUCUCCACCCACGGUACUGGUAAUUGGUUCACUAGUACUUCUACUUCUAUGGAAUGUGGUCAAACUUCUCAAGCUACUUCUAUUCCAAACACUCAAGUUACUGUUACUUCAACUUACACUGGUGUCACCACUGCUACCACCACCGUUACUGGUGUUUCCACUGAUACUGUUAUUGUCGAAGUUCCAUCAACUCCAAACCCACAAGUCACUACUACUACCACUUCUGAAGGUAUUACUGAAGUAACUGCUACUACUAUCACUGGUGUUUCUACCGAUACUGUCAUUGUUGUUUGUCCACCAAGUACUACUUCUUACACUACUUAUACCAACACUUGGACCGGAAGUUAUACCACCACCACUACUGCUUCUGAUAUUGUUGUUGUUGAAGUUCCAGACACUAGUUCCACCACUUCUUCAUCAUCCACUUCAAGCACUGCUCCUACUACUACCGCUACUACCUCCACUACUACUGACACUGACAUUGGUGGUUUCUCCACUUCUUACGUCACUGUUACUGCUGAAACCACUGAGAUUGUCACUAUUACCAGUUGUGCUAACAAUGGAUGUCAUCAAACUACUGCUACUACUGGUGUCACCGUUAUCACUGUUACUGAAAGUGACAUUUCUACUGUUAUCACCACUUACUGUCCAUUGACUCAAACUCACACUUUGGGUGUUUCUUCAUCCUCCACUGUUGAUUUGGGUUGUCCAACUGGUUGGUUCGGUUUUGACGGUUUACCAGGUAAGAACAUUCACUUUGAUUUCCAAAAAACAAAGAGUAUUGGUUUCUACAUUGACAUCAAUAAAUUCCACAAGAGAGAUGAUUCUAACUCUUCUUCAAGUGAUUCUUCUUCAUCUUCAUCUUCUGCUGCUGCUGGUGCUAUGAACACUGUUUACGGUGUUGAAUUCUUAUCAGCUAUUGCUAUUGUUUUUGCUCUUGUCUUUUAA